GCGCAAGCGGUGAAUGCUGUAGCCGAUGUACAGUUUGUACCGGCUGAAAUGGUGGGGGUGAGCGCUGCCGAUGCACACGGAGAGGAGUUGCGGGCGGAGGAGAGCGAAGCCGUAAGGAGAGAAGCAGCAGCAGCGAUGGCUGCGGCGCCUGCAGCGGUGCGUCUUCAGGUGAAUGAGGCGAUGGAGGAGGAGGAAGAUGAAGCAGUAGAGAUAGCGCAGAAUGAGCACGAUGCUAGAGUGGAAUAGGCUGAAGAUGUACCUGCCAAUAGGGAUUCUCAGCGCAUGGUUAAUGUUGACAACCUUCUUGCCACAUGUAUAGAGCCAACAGCUGCUGCUAAUAAUAUUCUACAGUGCUUGAUGGAACGAGCAGCUGAUGAAAGCGAGAAUAUUAUUGAGUAUGCGGAGCAUCCAUGUGUCAAAAGACGGUAACAAAUCCUCGACUUUUUGGCCCGACCAGUAGAACCCGAAGAAAUGCGGUACACAAGAAGAAGCGCUGGAGGAUUUUUCACCGAGCAUUUUUUUAACCAGGGCAAUCCAAGAGAUCGUCAAAUUAAUGAACAACAUAAUCACUCUGACGAUUCAUCUUGUUCUUCUUCUACAACCAUUUUUCCCUUAUCUACAUCUUCUUCGAACACCAAUACUUCUGUAGAAUCGCAGGAUUACGAGGCCGAUGAAAGUAAUUUUUCUAUUCAAGUUGGUAGAGGACAAAGAAGAAGAGUGGAAAAUUCAAGCAGCAAUAAUGAUGAUUUGUCUGACUACGAACAAGAGUAUAAUCAGCCCAGUGAGGAGCAUGAGGAGGCGGAGGAGGAGAUCAGCGAGGAGGAGGAGGAGGAGGAUGAGGAGAGAAGCGAAACAGACGAUAAUAUAAAUUAUCAAGGAGUCGAUGAGGAAAGAGAGGAUGAGGAUAUCCAGCCUCCUGGUAAUCGUUUUGACAUUUUCCAACAAAAUUCGCAUUAUAUAUCUAAGUAUAAAAUAGAAGGUAGACGUAUUGUGCUAAAAAUAAGAUCUCCACCGGAGGAUGGAUCUAUAAAACCGAUAGUUUGGUUGGAAUUAGUUAUUCGCGAUAUUUAUUCUUAUAUAAUUUCAUUAUGUAAAGAAAACGACAUGAUUGGUGUCUCCGUUAGAAGUUUAAAUUUUGCCCGAGGCCCGGGUGCGUUAUCUUUACGAUUAGUAAAUAAUUUUUUUUAUAAUGAUUUAUGGAAUCUAAUAAGCGGAUUAGCUCAGAGUAAUGAGGAUUUUCAAAUAGAUGAGAGCUUUAUUCUAACAUUAACACUUGUUAAUAUACCUAAUGGUGGCCGAGGUGGAAGUAGAAAGAGUAUGAGCGUUGAUAGCUUAGCUCAGAGAUCGGUUGUAUCUAUAAGAAAUAACGAUAAUUUAUGCUUGCCAAGAGCUUUAAUUGUCGGGGAGGCUUUUAUGAUGUAUUCCUUUCAAACGAAGCCAUUGAUACUUGGAAUAUUGUCAGAGAUAGCAGACGUGGUAUGCAAAAAGAGCGCGCAAAUCUCCUUACUAUUAAUGCAAACGUCGUAAUUCAUGCAAACGGGUGCGGUAUACGAGAAAUAGAGACGUAUCAGCGGUAUUAUGUUGUAAAAAAUAUCGCUAUUGUAAUAUACGAUAGUUUAUCUUUUGGAAGUGGAGAACCGCCCUUUUACGAUGGAAGACCUCUGUUAAAUUCAAAUUCUUUUGACGUUAUAAAUCUUUUGUACGAUGCGCGAAGGCGACAUUUCGAUACAAUAUUAAAUUUAACCGGUGCUGCACGCAAUCGUUUUUUCUGCGAACAUUGUAAUAAAAGCUAUAGAUACGUAGAUGAGCAUAGAUGCACAGCCAAAUGUGACAGGUGUUUUUGUGCACCAACGUGUAAUUCUAAUAUAGAUAUUAUAAAAUAUGUAGAAUGUAACAGAGAAUUUUACGGACAAAUAUGUUUCGACCGUCACAAAAUAGAUGGGUCAUACAAAAAAAAAAUAAUAAAAAUAUAUGCGAUGUGGUAAAAGUUUGUAAUAUGUGUUGCAAACGAAUUAAUAUCUACAAGUCAAAGCACGAGUGUGGAAUCAAUUGGUGCAACUUAUGUCGCGAAAAACAUGAUGUAAAUCAGCUCUGUUAUAUUCAACCCAUUGGACGUAAUGUUAACGCACAGAUUAAUUGUAAAUCCCCAAAGAAAAACUUAUUUAUUUUUUAUGACUUUGAGACGCGUCAAGAUUCUGCUUACCGUGAACAUGCACAGAUAAAAAUACACAUUCCAAAUCUAUGUGUUGUACAACAGGUUUGCGAUGAUUGCAUGGAUAAUGAAAAUAUAAAUAUACUAUGCCAUACGUAUGGUGUAAGAGAGCAUAUAUUUCGCGACGAUUCAGUUAGACAAUUAAUAGGUUUGACAGUACGUGAGAAAACUACCUUCGGGCAAUUAAUUUGUAUUGCUCAUAACUCUCGUGGGUUUGAUGCGCAAUUUAUUUUGAGAGAAAUCGUUGAAAAUACCUCAAUAGUACCGAACGUAAUAUUGAAUGGACAAAAUAUAAUUAUGCUUCAAUGCGGGCGAACAAAAUUUAUUGAUAGCUUAAACUAUUUUCACAUGAAAUUAAGUGCUUUAACACAAACCUUUUCUCUACCACCAGCUAGCAAAAAAGGAUAUUUUCCUCAUCUAUUCAAUACUUUAGAAAAUCAAAAUUAUGUUGGGGCUUUACCGGAAGCAUCGUUCUACGCACCUAAUGCCAUGUCGACGUCUGAAAGGGAAAAGUUUAUUGCAUGGUAUGAGGAGAACCGAAAUACUUAUGGGUUUGAUUUUCAACGUGAAAUACUCGAUUAUUGCCGUAUGGAUGUAGAAAUUUUAAGACUUGCAUGUAUGGCUUUUCGGAAAAUUUUCAUUAAGUGCGGGAAUACUUGUCCGUUUACAGAGGCAACGACCAUAGCUUCUGCAUGCUCCAUUGUGUAUAGAAAAAAUUUCUUACGCGAAAAAACUAUCGGUAUCAUUCCAGCAGGUGGAUAUCGACACGCUGAUAAUCAUUCGCAAAAGUCAAUACAGUGGCUGUUACAGUGUGAACGUGAGAUUGGUCGGGAAAUCAUACACGCGGGUAGAGCACGUGAAUUUAUGCUUCCAGAAGGGUUUCUUAUAGAUGGCUAUUUACCUCCGGAAAAUGAUAAUGCUAAAGGUAUUGUCUUUGAAUAUCAAGGAUGUUACUACACGGUUGCCCUAUUUGCUUUAAUAAACGAGAUAAAAUAAUGUCAUACGGUAGAACUAUGGAUGAGUCGUACGAGACUACUUUUCGGAAAAUUCAAAAAAUAAAAGCCUUGGGUUACGAAGUUCGAGAGAUAUGGGAAUGUAGUUUUGACGGAUAAAAGCAGAGAAUCGCGAAAUCUACGAAUAUGUAACACAGCAUCCUCUUAUGAGUCGUAUAACGUUGAAUCCACGCGAUGCUUUUUUUUUAGAGGUAGAACGGAGAAUAUAGUUACUGAGUACACAAUCGGAAAUAACGAACAAAUUCAAUAUACAGAUAUAUGCACUCUUUAUCCGUACGUGUGUAAAAGAGGUCGAUUUCCCGUAGGGCAUCCGCGAAUUUUAAUUGGUGAAGACAGCAACGAAUUAACGCAGAGGAAUAACAAUAAUCUCAACAAUAUUGAGGGAUUAGAUAAAUGUAGUAUCUUACCACCGCGCGACCUGCACAUUCCACUCUUACCAAUUAAAAUGCACGGACGUCUUCUUUUUGCUCUUUGCCGCUCAUGCUGCGAAGAAAUGCAGCAGUGUGACUGCAAUCACGAAGACCCAAAAAUGCGUGAAUUCACGGGCACCUGGGUUGCUGAUGAGUUGCGUAAAGCUGUUGAACUCGGUUACAGUAUUACGAAAAUUUAUAUUAUUUGGCAAUAUGAGAUGACACAGUACAAUCAAAUUGAUGGUAGCGGAGGUCUUUUUGCCGAAUACGUAAAUACUUUCUUAAAAAUCAAGCAAGAGGCUAGCGGAUGGCCCUCAUGGUGUACUGACGAAGCAACUAAAUUACAAUACAUUGAACAGUAUAGACUCGAUGAGGGUAUAACUUUGGAUAAAAAUAAUAUCGAAAAAAAUUCAGGGUUACGAGCUGUUGCUAAGCUCUGCUUAAAUUCGUUUUGGGGUAAGUUUGGACAACGGAGUAAUUUGAAACAAACUGAAGUUGUAAAAUCGCGUGAAUCUCUUUUAAAACUUCUUACUUGUCUGGAAAGAGAUAUUAAUGAUAUACUAGCAAUUAAUGAUGAGAUACUGUACGUGAAUUGGCAAUACAAGGAUGAGGCUGUCACUCCUGCCCCGCAUACUAGUGUCGUGAUUGCGGCUUACACCACUGCUCAAGCACGUUUAGAACUAUAUAAUUACUUGAGAAGAUUAGGUGAUCGUGUUCUUUAUUAUGACACAGAUUCUUGUAUAUUUGUUAUGGUGAGAAUACGUAUAUAAGUAAUUUUGUUUCGGAAGGACCAAAGUUUUACGCUUACGCAGCUGUAACACCUAAUAAAGAUGAUAAAAUUGAAUGUUGUAAAGUAAAAGGUAUCUCAUUAAACUUCUCAAACGGUGUAAAAAUUAAUUUUGAUAGAUACAUUAAGAAUUUGAUUAAAAAUGCUUUUGCAAAGGAAGAUCACGAAUCUGAAAAAAUGAAUGAUGAAUGUAGUAAAAUACGCUUAAAAUUCAAAGCUAUCAGAAGAACUAAAAUGCAUGAAGUUGUAACGCGUGAAGAAUCGAAAACAUGUUGUGUUGUAUUGAAAAAACAACAAUACCUUACGUAACGUAAGUCUCUACCUUUUGGAUAUAAGAAUAAUUAACUUUUU